CAACGAUCGCCAGCCGUGAUCAAUCUUGCAAGCAGAUUUACUUUAGUGUAAGCCUUAACCUCUGACAUAUUUACUGUCUGCAACAGACCCCAUAAAGUAUAUAUACUCCAUAACAGCAUAAAAAGCUACUUCGAUGUGUUUCAUAUGUCUGACAAAGAAACCAUCCGAAAAAAUCUUAUCAAUUUCGUACCACUAUGUCAUAAAACUUAUAUAGAAACAAUCGGUCGCAAAAACCAAGUUGACGUUUUGGUUUUGGUUUAGAAAAAUCUCUAGGCGCUUACCAAUACUAGACAAGAAGUUGCCCGGGCAACAGUUUCCUGUCUCCAUGACUAACCACAGUUAUGUUAUUAUUCCUAACAAAUGUAUUUAAAUGUUCAUUGUUUGUGGAGUAGACAACUCCUUAGAUGGAUUUCACGUAUUGCGAAUUCCCCAGCACCGUCUCUAUUGACACCUUCAAGGCCUAUUUCGAUCCCAAGGAUGUCAAGCUUCCCCAAGUCAAUAGUAAAUCAUUGGACCAUUUCCAGCUCGAGACCGACGAAGGACAAGCAAAUCAAGCGAAAAGUCUGCGACAGCUUGUGCUCGAUGCCAUCGUCAGCAAUUGGAACGAGUUGCCGCUCUACCGUCAGCUGCGACGACGCCAGGACCGUAACUAUAUACUCAGCCAGCUGGAUACGCAGCUGCCGCUGCAGUUGCUCAGCUCUCACAUCCGUGACGAUUACUUCUGGCGGCGCUGCUAUGAGCUGCGCUGGCGCUUGGCGCCAAUGCAGGCGCGCGGCAGGGAACGGCGCUGGAUUAACAUUUACAUGGAGCGACAUGUGCAGGAGUUUAUUGAAAAUAUGCAAACCGGCGACUACGAGCAGGAUGGCAAUGUGCAGGCCGCCUUGGACAUCUGUGCGGCGUACAUAAAUCAACUCGAGAUAAAUCUGUUACAGCCCCCGCCGCCAGGCAGCGAGAGCAAUGAUCACAUUCCGCUUGAUUACCUGCUGAGCAAUCUGCCGGACUUACGCCGACUGCGGCUGAGCUACAGCACGAAGACAGCGGGCAUCAAUUACCAAAUAGGCUGCAAUCAACUGACGGCCCGUGACAUACUGCUGCUGGCCAAGGGACUUAGCCAAUGCUAUGAGCUGCGCAAGUUUUGCCUGCACAAUACAAAGUUGUUGGCGUAUCAGCUGCGCUUUCUGGCACAUAGCCUGGACAAGGGCUGUCACCACCUGAAGGAGCUAUCGUUGCUGCACUGUGCGGUUGGCGAUGCGGGCAUACGCUGUUUCCUUGAAACCUGCGGCAAGGAAUCCUUUGCCACUCUGACUGACCUCGACUUGACCAACAAUAAAAUUACGGAGGAGGGCGCCUACACGCUCAGCCGAACUUUGACACAUGUGCCCCUUCAGCGUCUCGUGCUACGCCUGAAUCCCAUACAAAGCGAUGGCGCCGCUGCCAUCUUUAACACGCUGCAGCUGAUGCCCAUCAGGCAACUGGACAUGGCCAGCUGUUUCAUCAGCGAAAGCAUUACCAAGUUGUUCAUGAUACUGAUAUGCCAGCAGAAGACAUUGCUCUGCAUUGAUCUAUCAAACAAUUAUUUGGGCGAGGAUUUUGGCAAACAUUUGCUGAAGAUCAUAAACUGUAACAAAAUGCUCGAAGAGUUAGAUCUACGCAACACGGGCGUUCCCUUGGCCACACGCCGUAAAUUUCAAGAGAUUCUAAUCAAAAAUGCCGAACGCAAGAAGCACGAGGCAUUAAAGCAACAAAAACGAGAUCAAUUCAACGCUAUGAUUAAAUUUUAGUUAAAAUUCUUA